CCUGUCGUUUUCUUGCAUGGCCUGUUUGGCAACCGGGCCAAUUUUCGCACCAUUAGCCGCCAGUUGGCCGAGGAGACUCAGCGAGACGUGUACGGGCUAGAUCUGCGGAAUCAUGGGGACUCGCCAUGGGACAACCACAUGUCCUUCGAGGCCAUGGCAGACGAUGUGGCGGAGACGCUGCAUCGUCUCGUACAGAGCCCAGGCGGCGUGAUCCUCGUGGGGCAUUCGCUCGGGGGCAAGACGGCCAUGGUGACUGCAUUGCAAAACCCAGAGCUAGUACGCCGCCUGGUGGUUGUGGACAUUGCCCCCAUCCGCUACGCGGCCAUGCGACAGUCGCGGUCGGUGGCCCAGGCCAUGCAGGGCGUGCCCCUGUCAGGGCCUGGAGCCCUGCGGACGCGGCAGGAGGUGGACGAGCAUCUUCGCCCACUCAUCCCCGAAGACGGCAUCCGCCAGUUUGUACUCACCAACUUUGUCUCCGGCUCACGCCAUCGUGAGGCUACCUGGCGCUGCAAUGUCAAGGCAUUGACUGCCGAGAUGCCGUCGCUUGCUACCUUCCCGACCUUUGAGGCGACGGCAGAUUUUCCCCACCCUGCCCACUUUCUCUACGGUCGACGCUCAGACUACGUGGUCGAGCGCGACGUCAAACCAGCUUUGCAGCGCCUGUUCCCACAGCACACUUUGCAAGGGUUUGACACCGGCCAUUGGGUGCAUGCGGAGCAACCAGGCCCGUUCCGUGAGGCCAUC